AUGAAGAUGGAGGCAGUGGGAAAAGCAGAACUUGUUGAUUCAGAACUUCCACCAAAGACUUCUGAAAAGCAAGAGACUGCUCCUCAUGAAUGUGGAUCUAUAGAACUUGGGACACAAACUCAGAAAGACAAUGUGCACACUGCAGCAGACUCUGUGGUGCUCUCUUCAAUGCCUUGCUUACUGAUGGAACUGAGGCGAGACUCUUCAGAGUUUCAACUGGCAUCUACAGAGAGUGAUAAGCCAACGGAUGGUCGAGUUUAUGAGAGUGACUCUUCUAACCAUUGCAUGCUUUCGCCUUCUUCCAGUGGGCAUUUGGCUGACUCUGAUACAUUGUCUUCCACAGAAGAGAAUGAACCUUGUCAAGCUCAAGCUGCUGUAGGGGGACACCUUUCUGCAGUGUCUGGUGCUGCAGUUGGGAGGAAAUCCAGGAGAUCCAGGUCUGAAAGUGAAACUUCAACAAUGGCUGCCAAGAAAAACAGACAGUCUAGUAAUAAACAGAAUGGUAGAAUUACCAAAGCAAAGGGUCAUCGAAGCCAAAAGCACAAAGAAAGAAUCCGGCUCUUGAGACAGAAACGGGAGGCAGCUGCUCGCAAGAAGUACAACCUGCUGCAGGACAGCAGUACCAGUGAUAGUGACCUGACGUGUGACUCAAGCACGGGUUCAUCAGAUGAUGAUGAAGUUUCAAGGAGCAGCAAGACAAUCACUGCAGAGAUACCAGAUGGACCUCCAGUUGUAGCUCACUAUGAUAUAUCAGACACAAACUCAGACCCAGAAGUGGUAAAUGUGGACCAUCUGUUGGCAGCUGCAGUAGUUCAAGAGCACAAUAAUUCUUUAGGAAAUCAAGACUCAGUAUCUACCUGGAGAACCAGAGGACUGCUAGAUGAACUGAGUGCUGAUACAG